AUGACUAUGGUGACUUGCUCAGGCGAAAAUCAACCAGCUGAUCUUUUUGAUGCCGAGUCUGAGCCGGCGGAGUGGCGCAACAGUGAUUCUCUCUCCCAAUUCUUCGAAUCGGCUUUUCAAAUCCGGGACCAUCCGACGCUGAACGAGAAGGAGAACGAAGCGGGAAUCGACAUAAAGUCUCAACUGAGAGCCACUCAGCUUCAGAACGUCGCAGGUCUGAAGUUUCGCGGGACCGAUAAUCUUAAGGAUCACCUCCGGAUGAACCAGGAGACGGGGGUCGUUGAGUUGUACCAUCACACCUCGGUCCUGAAAGAAUGUCUCAACAUGCAAGGCCCUGAUCCCAAUGAUCCGGCGCCGACAGGAAAUAUUUCCAGCAUUAUUCCCCGACAGCUGGCACUUGAAACGCUAGAUUCACUGCAAAAGAUCAUUUUUCCAAUGGACCGCGAGUCCCGAAGAAUGUUGCGGUCUCUUGUGUCGAAAGAGAACCUGGACCUAGACUGCCUGAGGUUCGAGACCCUGAUAACCCGUUCCGACGACGAGAACGACAUCAAGUAUCAAUACUGGGGCUCUCGGCUAAUGGAUUUGUACGAUGAAAUCGAGAACCCGAAGCCUCGCGGUCUUCUGGAGCAGUGGAUGGAGAGGAAGAGUGGCGCUAGAUAUGUCAUGAUGGCAACCUUAGCUGGCGUCCUGAUCGCGGUGAUUUUGGGCCUGCUUGGACUGGCUGUCAGUAUUUUCCAAGCGUGGGUCGAUUAUCAGCAGUGGAAGCACCCAGUGACAGUGUAG